AUGUCUGUUAAGCCUGCUGAACAAGUAUUCUCUCGCGAGCAAUUCGACGGCAUUUUGCGCCGUCGGUUUUUCUACGCUCCCUCCUUCGACCUUUACGGCGGCGUCUCUGGUCUGUAUGAUUACGGUCCUGCUGGCUGCUCUCUGCAGGCCAACAUCAUCGAUCUGUGGAAAAGACAUUUCAUUCUCGAAGAGGAUAUGCUCGAGGUUGACUGCACGGCCCUGACUCCCCAUGAGGUUCUCAAGACCUCUGGCCACGUUGACAAGUUCGCCGACUGGAUGUGCCGUGAUCUCAAAACAGGUGAGAUUUUCCGUGCUGACCAUUUAGUUGAGGAAGUGCUCGAGGCUCGCCUCAAGGGCGACAAGGAAGCGCGCGGUAUUGCUCAUGAGCCCAUAGAGGAGAGCGAGGACAAGAAAAAGCGCAAGAAGAAGGUCAAGGAGAUCAAGGCUAUCAAGCUCGAGGACUCCGUUGUUCAGGAGUAUGAAACAGUUUUGGCCAAGAUCGAUGGCUACUCUGGCCUUGAACUCGGUGACAUUAUCAAAAAGUACGAAAUUGGCAACCCGGCAACUGGAGGCCCCCUCGAGCCCCCCAUUGAGUUCAACCUUAUGUUUGAGACCUCUAUUGGCCCCUCCGGACAACUUCGUGGGUUCCUACGUCCUGAAACUGCCCAGGGUCAGUUUUUGAACUUCAACAAACUCUUGGACUGCAACAAUAACAAGAUGCCUUUCGCCUCUGCUUCAGUUGGCAAGUCGUUCCGUAACGAGAUUUCUCCCCGUGCUGGUUUGUUGCGGGUUCGUGAGUUCUUGAUGGCAGAGAUCGAGCAUUUCGUUGACCCCAAGGACAAGUCUCACCCCCGUUUCCAUGAGGUCAAGGAUAUCAAGAUCCGGGCCUUGCCUAAGGAUGUUCAGGCCGCUGGAUCCACUGAUCUGACCGAGAUCACUCUUGGUGACGCUGUUUCUACUGGUAUGAUUGAUAACGAGACUCUUGGCUACUUUGUUGGCCGUAUCUAUUUGUUUAUGUGCAAGAUCGGUAUGGAUGAGAGCCGCAUGCGUUUCCGCCAACAUAUGGCCAAUGAGAUGGCCCAUUACGCGAGUGACUGCUGGGACUGCGAGCUCCAGUCGUCUUAUGGCUGGGUCGAGUGUGUUGGCUGUGCUGACCGCAGCGCUUAUGACCUUAGCGUUCACUCAGCUCGUACUAACCAGAAGCUGGUUGUCCGCGAGGCCCUUGAAGAGCCCAUCGUUGUCAACGAGUUUGAGGUUGAUAUCGAUAAGAAAAAGUUUGGUCCCCGCUACCGCCGCGAUGCCGGCAAGGUCGAGCAAUGGCUUCUGAAUCGCACCCAGUGCGAACGUGAGGAUUUGGCUGCAGAGCUUGCCAAGAACGGGAAGAUUGUUGCGAAAAUCCCGGACGUUGCCGAGCCUGUCGAAAUCGAGUCUAGCCUCGUUAAUAUCGAGAAGCGCGAACGCAAAGAGCAUGUUCGUGAGUACGUUCCUAAUGUCAUCGAGCCUUCCUUCGGUAUUGGCCGUAUUCUGUACUCCCUCCUGGAGCACUCCUUCUGGAACCGUCCUGAGGACGCCGACCGGUCCGUUCUGUCAUUCGUUCCCCGCAUUGCCCCUAGCAAGGUUUUGGUCGUGCCCUUGAGCUCCAACGCCCAAUUCACUCCUCUGGUCACCCAGCUCACCCGCGAGCUCCGCAAGGCCCAUAUCAGUGCCAAGGUUGACGACUCUUCUGCAUCUAUCGGCAAGCGUUAUGCUCGCAAUGAUGAGAUGGGCACACCUUUCGGUAUCACUAUUGAUUUCCAGACUGUCUCCGACGGUACUGUUACUAUUCGUGAGCGUGAUACAACCGAGCAAAGGCGCGGCACCAUCCCCGACGUUAUUGCCGCUGUGCGUGCAAUGGUCUUUGAGGGUGCUACCUGGGAUGAGGGAACCGCCAAGCUUGCAAAAUUCGAAGGCCAGGAAGCGUAA